AUGGAACGUCAUCACGAAUCCAAACAAGUCGGUCGCAGACUGCUGCUCAAUUAUAUUGAUGCGGUGGCGGCUGAGAAUCCCACGAUGGUGGCCAUCACCCAGGUCGUCUCCUUCGAGCCCAACCCUGUUCACUUCAAUAUCACAUAUCAGGACAUGUCGAAUCUUAUAAAUCGGCUCGCGUGGUGGCUGGAUGAAACCUAUCCCAAACGAAAAACCAAAGACAUCACCAUAGCUUAUUUGGGCUCUAGUGAUGCCAGACAUCUUGUCUUGACUCUAGCAGCAGUAAAGGCCGGUUACAGGUUAAUGCUACUCUCACCUCGAAAUAGUGUCCAAAUUCAUGACCACCUCAUCAAGGAGACCAAAUGUCAGGCUAUUAUAUUCGACUCUCUCUUCUCUUCCACUGUUACAGAAUUGACCAUCCUCCGUAGCAUCAAUGCUGUUCAAGCUCCAGAGCUUGUAAACCUUCUGUCCAACACAAGCCCGGCAAGAGAAUACCCUUAUUUAGAUACCUUUCAGGACGCAUCAGACAAGCCUCUUGUGAUAUUUCAUACCAGUGGUUCCACAGGCAUGCCCAAGCCUGUAGCAUUUGUUCACGCUGCUAUGGCAGCUACUGAUAGCUUAAGACUGUUUUACUCUGAGGAAUCCUAUCGCGUCAGUUGUCAUCGACUCCUGGAGUCCGCGCACAGUGUCUACAAUGGGUGUCCUUUGUUCCAUCUUGCCGGAUUCGUUGCUGGCUUCUUCUGGCUUUUCAGUGGCGGCAUCAUAGUUAUCGGCCCUGCGAAUCAGCCCUCCAGCCCUCAAAUGCUGAAAGAUAUCUUGCACGUGGCUCAUGUUGAUGGUGCAUUGUUACCCCCUCUCGUUGUCGAUCAGAUAGCGCAGGAACCCGCCCUAAUUGAAAAAGUUUCGAAGCUUCGGUUCAUUACAUUUGGCGGUGGUUCUGUGAGCCAAGAGGCAGGAAACUUGUUGUCCCAGAAGACUCGACUGAUUAGUGUCUUGGGCAGCAGUGAAUGUGGCCUGAUUGGCGCAUUCAUGAUUGAGCCGGAAAACUGGAACUGGUUUCACUUUGCCGAAAAGGAGAUGGGGAUCCGCUGGCACCCUAUCGAUGAAGGCACCAGGGAAGGCAAAGGUGACCCAGAAUACUACGAACUGGUCAUUCACCGCGAUGACAAUCUACCCCAGAAGCAGGCAGUCUUUGUUAACUUCCCUCAUUUGGAGGAGUGGCACACAAAGGACAUCUUUCAGCGUCAUCCAAGCAUCCCGUACUACUGGAGAUAUGAAAGCCGAAUUGAUGAUGUCAUCGUGUUCUCCACCGGUGAGAAGAUGAACCCAAUCACUUUUGAAAGAGAGCUCAAUACUCUUCAAGGGGUCCAUGCCAGUCUGGUCGUUGGCCAUAAGCGUCCGUACCCAAUCCUUUUAAUCGAGUUGGAGCCGUCCGCGAACGUGGAAGAUACGUUGCCUGCAAUACAUCAAGCACUGGAAGACCUCAACAAGCAGAGCAUGAAGUACGCGCAAAUUCACCGUAAUGAUAUCCUUAUCGCUACACCAGAGAAGCCGUUUGCCCGUAUGGCGAAGGGGACGAUCAGUCGCAGUCAGACGGCCAAGCUGUAUGCAACAGAGAUUGAAGCUGAAUACACUUUAAAGGACGCGGAGCAAGAUCUCCAGUUCCAGCUUGAUCUUUCUACCGAUGAGACGCUCAUGGAAAGCAUUGCUGAGAUAGUCCGCAGCCUGACUUCAGUGAAAGAUUUAAGCAUCCAUGACGACUUCUUCGCAAGGGGCUUAGAUUCACGGCAAGUACAGAUGCUGGCACAGUUACUGGCCCGAGUCCUGCCAGAUCAGAAAGAUGUCCUCUUCAUCCGAAAUGCAGUGUACAUGAACCCGACUACUUAUAGGCUGCCAACGAAGGUGAAGCAGAAGCAAACAGAUCAAAGCAAAGCGCAUCACAUCCUUCUAACUGGUAGCACGGGUUUCAUUGGAUCAUUCAUCCUUCGGUCCCUGAUGCAUCGCCAGGACGUAACAGAGAUCACCUGCAUCGAUCGGAGAAUCCCAGAGGUUGCCAGGGCUGGAGGGGCAGUUCCAGUUCAUCGCUUUAAGGGCGAUUUAGCCCAACCAUAUCUGGGUCUGAGUGAGGAAGACUACUCGCAUCUGCUAGCAACUGUGACAGUAGUCAUUCACUGCCAAUGGCCAGUCACCUUCAACUUGCCCCUGGCGCUCUUUGAAUCUCACAUCGCCGGCGUUGCAAAUUUGAUCCGGCUAGCGUAUGAUUCUAAUCAAGACACACGCCUCAUAUUCCUUUCAUCUAUUGCCACCAUUCAAGGCUGGGAUCAGUCAACCCCAGUCCCCGAGUCACCUCUUGAUUCGCUGAAAUAUGCCCAAGGUGGGUACGGUCAAAGUAAGCUGCUGGCAAGCAAACUGCUCCAGCAAGCCGGACUCACCAGUGGUGUCACCUCCGCAAUUUGCCGGGUUGCCCAGGUUGGGGGUCCUGUGUAUGCCGAGGGCGUCUGGCCACCACGAGAUUGGUUCCCGACCUUGCUGCGCGCCUCGGAGAUUAUGGGAUGCCUGCCCGCCUCGCUCGGAAGUUUCAACGACGUUGACUGGCUGCCGGUGGACUGUCUCUCAGAGGCACUUGUAGAAUUGGCCCUUGGAGCUGGGAUGGUGGAUUCAACAGGAGACAGGGCACUUACCGCAUACUAUCAUUUCACGAACCCUUCCGUCUCUUCGUAUACGGAUCUCGUGCCAACAAUCGCCCGUCGUCUAGGCCCCGAUUGCAAGGUGGUAUCUUCUUUGGAGGAAUGGAAUAAGAAACUGGCUAGUUGGAGCUUGCAAGAAGCCCCCAAUGGAGAUUCUUCGGUGGAAUCUUCCAUGGCCGCAGCUAUGGCACUGUUAGAAUUCUACGUGGGGCUAGAGGCCAAACCAGACCAACCAUCAGUGAGGCUUGACACCACCUUGACAGUCGCACGGAUUCCUAGCCUCCAAGCCGCCGGGGCCGUGAAUGAAUCAUGGAUAAAAACUUGGCUUGAUCAAUGGGGCUUUGGUACAAGUGCCAGUGUUGAUACUAUUCCGUAG